AUGGGGAAAGAGGGGGCUUCCCAGAAGCAGUUGCCUUUGGUGACUUGUGGAUAUGGCACACAUUUUUUUGGAACACCUGGAACUUGCAAUGACAUCAACGUGUUGCAACGAUCUCCGGUGUUUGAGGAUAUAUAUCAAGGUAAAGCUCCUGUAGUGAACUUUACAGUCAAUGGGAAUACAUAUACCAAAGGGUACUAUCUAAAUGAUGGGAUAUACCCUAAGUGGCCAGUGUUCAUCCCAGCUAUUCGGCUGCUAAUGAAUCCCGUGGAUGAGUUAUUCACCCAGCGCCAAGAAUCGGUCCGAAAAGAUGUGGAGCGAGCCUUUGGCGUUCUUCAAUCACGUUUCGCAAUAAUACAAAGACCAGCUCUUGUAUGGGACGAACACUUGUUGUGGGAGAUUAUGUUGGCUUGUAUAAUUCUUCAUAAUAUGAUUGUUAAGGAAGAGAAAGAUACAUACCAGAAUUAUCAUGACAUGUCGGAAUUUGAGCAAUAA